GAAACAAAAAUAGUACAACAAACACUUCUCUCCCUGCUCUGUCUUUUCUUCUUCCACCUUCUUCUUCUUCAGCCAUGGCAUUCCUCGUCCGUCUCAGAACAAUCCACACUGUAACUAACCCUUCUCGUUCUGUUUCUAUGCUCCACCACCAACGCCUCCUCUCCACCUCCAGCUCCGGCGCCGGCGACCUCCUCCGCCUGAGAACAUUCCACUCUUUGACAACCCCUUCUCUGCUCCACCACCACCGCCUCCUUUCCAACUCCACCUCCAACUCCGGUGACAGCGACGAUUCCAACACAAACCAUCCCUUCCUCUCCAGUCUGACAAAAAUCCAAACAUUUCUGCUCCGCCGCCUCAUCCCCAUCUCUGACACCGGCGUCGGUGACCACCCCUCCCCUUCCCUUGUCAAAGAAAUCAGGGAGGCUUUCAAACAACUCGCGGAGAGUGAUGUCUUUCUCGAACCAUUCAUCUCCACGUUACCCUUCGAGCUCCCCUCCCCCCUUUCUCAGCCUACUACUCCACCAUCCCCUACAACCCUUCCCCCAACUGCCAAAAACCUCACCACCAAAACGCGCCGCCGCGCGAGUCCUCCAACUCCAACCCAACCUACUCCUUGGUUCACAAGCUUGAGCACCUUAAGGCCAGUGCGUUGAGCUUGAAUAAGAGGUUUGCUAGUGAUCGGCAACGGUUAUUGGUUUUGUUCGAGCCCAAAAUGGCUCUCAACGAAGAGAUCAAUGAGAUGACGACGGAGUUUCGCGAGAGCGGCCGGAGCAUUGGGCUGCUGCAGAUUGAUAUGUCAAUUACAAAGAUGACAAGGCAUAAUGAGAUGACUGAGAAAAUUUGUGACUUGGCAUUGGAGUUGUCAAACUCAAGACUAUCUUCCAACUGUGAGAUUGUCAAAAACUUGUACCAGCUAAUGGAAGAUUGGCCGCAGCACAAGGAGCUAUGGAUUGAAUUGAAGAACAAGCUGUGAACGUUUCAGGAGAAGGAGUCCAAAGGUUUUAAGUUGCUGGCCGUGGAUACCAACUUGCAACUAGGUAUCCUCCAACACCGCAUUAACAACCUGUUUGAGCUACGCGACAACAACAAAGAAGGGUGAAGAUUAAUUAAUGUGUUACGGUAUCUUACUCAAGUUUUCUUUUUCAUGUAUCUAGGGGUGGUGAAUUGGUUAGAUGGAUGGCUGAUGGAUUCAAAUUUGUGAUUAGUGAAAGCGGAAACAUGAUUAACUAUUCAAAAUGCUGCUGUAUUUUGGAAGGAAUGGUCAGCACAGUAUUUUGUCUAUAACUCCUAAUGUGUCCAUAUUAACUUGAUGAACUUGGUUCUUGGUUAUC